AUGAAUAAAGACUCAUGCCACACGCAAAUCCACCUGCACAGCCCGCGGCACGCGGACCUGUUUGAGGACUUCUGCGGCCCCCACGCCCGCCUCCCCGACGACGACGUCUGGGUCCCGCCCCAGCACCGCCCCGUCAACCCCGAGGACGAGGACGACGUGGUCCCCGACCAGCACGCCGCCUUUGGCAUCCAAAAGGCCACCCAGCGCACCCGCGAGCCCGCGUGGCGCGAUCUGGGCCUCGCCGCCCUCAUGCACAAGGGUCCCGGGGGAGCAGGUGGCGGUGCCGGAGGGAAGGGCGGUGGAGCGGCGGCGGGCGCUGGUGUCGGGGCCAAGGGUCCUGGGAAUGGGGGCUUUGUUAGGGGUUUGCCGAGGUGA